AUGUUCAAGGUGAGCAUUGUAAACAAGAGUGGAGGUGAGGCAGUAGAGAUUAAAGCAAUCGCAUUUCCAACAAUAUGUGCACCACUUCCUACAAGGAUAAAUAUAGACGAAUAUCCACAUCUCCAUGGUUUAGAACUUCCAGACUUUGAUUCUUCUGAUGACAAUGGUAGCUGUGAUUCAAUCGACAUCUUGAUAGGAGCUGAUCAUUAUUGGGACGUAGUCACAGGUGAUGUCGUACGAGGAGAAAAUGGUCCAACAGCGAUGAGCAGCAAAUUGGGAUGGCUUUUGUCUGGAUGGUUAUCACAAAAAUCAGACGGACAUACUCUGAAUAGCCUCAUUUUAGCAGCCGAUUGCCUUGAUAAUUCUACUGUCGUAACCGAUAGGGAUGAGUUAACACUGUCAUUGAAGCGUUUUUGGGAAACUGAAAACGUUGGCAUUGACUUCUUUGACUCAGAGAACUCACGCGAGGAACAAGAUUUUGUGCGAAAUAUUCGAUUCACUGGAACACGCUACGAAGUUGGUCUGCCGUGGAAAAAUGAUCAUGUGCUAAUUAAUGACGAUUACGAACUCUGUCAUAAUAGAUUGAGAUCAUUGCAUCGAAAACUGCUAAAGGAUCCAAAAAAUCUUGAAGAAUAUAAUAAUGGCAUUUCUGAACAACUGGCAGCAGGAAUAGUCGAAAGGGUUCCGGCAUCUGAUAAGGAUCGUGGUAAAAUUCACUAUCUUCCCCAUCAUUGUGUCAUACGAAAGGAUAAGGUUACUACGAAGCUACGCGUUGUAUAUGAUGGAUCUGCUACGACGAACGUUCGUAACUUUUCACUAAACGAUUGCUUACUGACCGGGCCGAACCUCAUUCCACAAAUCUUUGAUUUGCUCGUCAAAUUCGACAGAACAAGAUUGGGCUCGUUGUUGACAUUGAGAAAGCAUUCUAAAUAA